GAUACAGUUGAAACUACAAUCCCAACGCGGGACCAUCGCCCGGGGGGCCACGUGUCUCGAUCUCUUCCAAUCCUCCGACCCACCUUCUACGCCUCUUCGGCGAUGGUGAUUCUUGCUCUCUUUAUUUCCUCUCCUUUUUUCUUCCUCUUCUCCUUCGUCUGCGCUUCUAAGCAACUGAAAUGGCGUCUCAGAACCAUAAUCCUCCCAAAACGACGUCACUUUACCCGGACGUGAUCCAAUCAAACACGGACGCCUCAAUCCAUUAUUCCUCAUCUUCCUCCUACUCCAACCUUUACCCUACAAUCGACCCGCAGGACCUCGUCGAGAACCUAUUCCCUGAAAACAUCCAUUAUAGAAUCCCCAACGAAGACCCACACUCGCCCUCAGCACCACCAGAGGCGACGGAGGAGCUCUUAAUCAGAAUCCCUGGCGCCAUUGUUCACCUUAUUGACAGAUCCUACAGUGUUGAGCUUGCUUGCGGAGAUCUGUCGAUUGUACUCCUCCGCCAGGAUGGUAACGUCGUUGCUGUCCUCGCUCGUGUUGCUGACGAGAUCCAGUGGCCGUUGGCGAAGGACGAGGCAGCCGUUAAACUCGACGGUUCGCAUUACUUCUUCUCCCUUCGCUUGCCUAAAGAUCACGGAUCGGGAUCUGAUUCCAGCGACGACGAUGGAAAGCGUAAGAAGAGCAAGAAGAAGAAAGAGAAGAAAAAAAAGGACGAGUCGGAUGGUGAUAUCUUGAAUUACGGAUUGACAAUUGCGUCAAAGGGGCAGGAGGGACUGUUGAAGGAAUUGGAUGAGAUUCUGCAGUACUACAGCUGCUUUUCAAUCCAGAAGGUGUCGGAGAAGGCGAAGGAGUUGGAUGAUUCGGUAGCAAAGGAGAUGACACCAGCGGACUUGAAGACUGGGGAGAAGAAAGUGAUAAUGGAGGGGAAGUGUGCUGCAUACUGGACCACGCUAGCGCCCAAUGUGGAGGAUUACAGUGGCACUGCAGCAAAGCUGAUUGCUUCUGGUUCAGGGCAAUUGAUAAAGGGUAUUUUGUGGUGUGGAGAUGUGACAAUGGAUAGGUUGAAGUGGGGAAAUGAGGUUCUGAAGAAGAGGAUUGGCCCCAAGGAGAAUGCCGAGAUCAAUCCAGAUACUUUGAAGAGGAUUAAAAGGGUUAAGAGAAUGACUAAAAUGACAGAGAAAGUAGCAAAUGGAGUCCUCUCUGGGGUUGUGAAAGUAUCUGGAAUCUUCACAGGUUCUGUUGCAAACUCAAAAUUGGGCAAAAAGUUUUUUGGCCUCCUUCCCGGGGAAAUUGUCCUUGCAUCCCUGGAUGGAUUUAACAAGGUGUGUGAUGCUGUUGAAGUAGCAGGAAAGAACGUUAUGUCAACAUCAUCCACCGUAACAACUGAUCUCGUCUCCCACAGGUAUGGGGAAAAAGCGGCAGACGCUACUAAUCAAGGGCUUGAUGCAGCAGGGCAUGCUAUGGGCACUGCAUGGGCUGCAUUUAAGCUCAGAAAGGCACUUAACCCAAAGAGUGUUAUAAAACCCUCCACUCUAGCCAAGUCUGCUGCAAAAACUGCUGCUGCUGAGUACAAGGCUAAGAGUUCCAAGUAAUAGCUGAUUGGCAUUGUGCUUCUAAAAUCCAGAUUAGUAUUAGUUGAGCCAUCACAAGUAGGUACCGCCCCCUCUCUCCCCUAAAGUCAUGCUUAUAUAUGGGAGUUGCUAUUUGUUGUUGUAGAUAUCAAUAAAAUCUAUCGAGAUGUUCUUUGUAACUGAUUUUAUGGACAUUUUUUUAAUUGAACUGGUACUCAUGAAUUGGGUCAUAGAACUUCGUUUCAACAUGUAGUCGUAAGUUGGUGGAAAAUCUGUUGUUAUGAUUUAAAAAAAAAACCCCUUUUCCCCA